AUGGCCAACCCCCGCAUUGAAGAGCUCCCCGAUGAGCCCGAGAAGAAGAAUGUCCAAAUCGAGGAGGAUGAGUCCAGCGACUCCGAAGAGGAGGGCGAUGCCGUGAUCCCCCAGGGCUCCUCCGUCACCGUCCACUCCCGCAACGAGAAGAAGGCUCGUAAGGCCAUCGCCAAGCUCGGCCUGAAGCACAUUGAGGGCAUCACACGUGUCACUCUCCGCCGACCCAAGAACAUCCUCUUCGUCAUCAACCAGCCCGACGUCUACAAGUCCCCUUCCAGCAACACCUACAUCAUCUUCGGUGAGGCUAAGAUCGAGGACUUGAACUCCCAGGCUCAGGCUUCCGCCGCCCAGCAACUCGCCCAGGCCGAGCAGCAGGGUCACGAUCACGCCGGCCACGACCACGACCACGACCACGCUCACGAGGAGGGCGAGGGCAAGGAGGCCGAGAAGAAGGUCGAGGAGGAGGAGGAGGAUGACGGCGAGGAGAUCGACGACUCUGGUCUCGAGGCCAAGGACAUCGAGCUCGUCAUGCAGCAGGCGUCCGUCUCCCGUAAGAAGGCCGUCAAGGCCCUGAAGGAGAACGAUAACGAUAUCCGCAGCGCAGCUCUCAAGCUCGACUGGACCAAGAUUGGCCAGCAGCUCGGCCUCCGUGGCAACACCGCCGCUGCCCUCCAGUCGUUCAAGAAGCGCAACGACGACGCCCGCCGCAAGGUCCAGAUCCUGUCUGAGCAGCCCCAGACCGUCGACUUCUCCCAGUACCGCUCCAUCCUCAAGAACCAGGCCGUCAUCGACGACAUCGAGAAGCAGUUCAGCGCCUUCAAGCCCCAGACCUACGAUGUAAACAGGCAGAUCAAGGCCAUUGAGGCUUUCGAGGCCCAGGCCGUCAAGAGCGCCGAGGAGACCAAGGCCGUUGUCGACAAGGAGCUCAGCGAUCUCCAAAAGACACUGAAGAACAUCGAGAGUGCCAGGCCAUUCGCUGACCUCACCGUCGACGAGGUUGCUGCCGCCCAGCCCGAGAUUGACCAGCGCACCGAGCAGCUCGUUUCCAAGGGCCGCUGGGCCGUCCCUGGCUACAAGGAGAAGUUCGGAGACCUUUCCGUUUUGUAG